GCCGUGUUUUAGUUGGUGCCUCAGCUGCCGGCUCCAGCUUCCCAGGGGAGCGGGUACCACCCGGCCUGGAGACAUGAGGCAGGGAUGUGAGAGGCGGGGGACGGGCCAGCCAUCCUUCCUUUAAAUAUCUGCUCCUCGCCUGUGAGCGCACCCUGCCCACUGUGGGUCCACGGGGAGCAGAGGGCAGCGUCGGCGCACUGAAGGAGAGGAAGAUGCCUCCCUUCACGCCCACCGCUCCAUAGAGCAUAAAGAACCCUGUGCUGAGCAGGCGGGAGAAGAAAGCCCGAGUCCAUCUACCGCCGCGGAGCCAGAAGAUGGAGGAAGCUGUACCGUGCCAACGGCCAUCUCUUCCAGGCCAAGCGCUUUAACAGGAGAGCGUACUGUGGCCAGUGCAGCGAAAGGAUAUGGGGUCUCGCAAGGCAGGGCUACAGAUGCAUCAACUGCAAGCUGCUGGUCCAUAAACGCUGCCACGUGCUCGUCCCGCUGACCUGCAAAAGGCAUAUGGAUUCUGUCAUGCCUUCCCAAGAACCUGCAGUAGAUGACAAGGACGACGGCCUUCCUUCUGAGGACACCGAUGGAAUUGCUUACAUUUCUUCAACCCGGAAACAUGACAACAUUAAAGAUGAUUCUGAGGACCUCAAGCCGGUUAUCGAUGGGAUGGAUGGAAUCAAAAUAUCUCAGGGGCUCGGACUGCAGGACUUCGACCUGAUUAGGGUCAUUGGACGCGGGAGCUAUGCCAAGGUCCUCCUGGUCCGGCUGAAGAAGAACGAUCAGAUGUACGCCAUGAAAGUGGUGAAGAAGGAGCUAGUCCACGAUGACGAGGAUAUUGACUGGGUACAGACAGAGAAGCAUGUGUUUGAGCAGGCAUCCAGCAACCCUUUCCUGGUCGGCUUACACUCCUGCUUCCAGACAACAAGUCGGCUGUUCCUGGUCAUAGAGUACGUCAAUGGCGGGGACCUCAUGUUCCACAUGCAGAGACAGAGGAAGCUUCCAGAGGAGCACGCCAGAUUCUACGCUGCUGAGAUCUGUAUCGCUCUCAACUUCCUACACGAGCGAGGGAUUAUCUACCGGGACCUGAAGCUGGACAACGUGCUCCUUGACGCCGAAGGCCACAUCAAGUUAACGGACUAUGGCAUGUGCAAGGAAGGCCUGGGCCCUGGUGACACGACCAGCACUUUCUGCGGAACCCCAAAUUACAUCGCCCCAGAAAUCCUGCGGGGGGAGGAGUACGGGUUCAGCGUAGACUGGUGGGCUCUGGGCGUUCUGAUGUUUGAGAUGAUGGCCGGACGCUCCCCCUUUGACAUCAUCACCGACAACCCCGACAUGAACACAGAGGACUACCUUUUCCAAGUAAUCCUGGAGAAGCCCAUCCGGAUCCCCCGAUUCCUCUCCGUGAAAGCCUCCCACGUCUUGAAAGGAUUUUUAAACAAGGACCCCAAAGAGAGGCUCGGCUGCCGGCCACAGACGGGGUUUUCCGAUAUCAAGUCUCACGCAUUCUUCCGCAGCAUAGACUGGGACCUGUUGGAGAAGAAGCAGGCCCUCCCGCCAUUCCAGCCGCAGAUAACCGACGAGUACGGUCUGGACAACUUCGACACCCAGUUCACCAGCGAGCCUGUGCAGCUGACCCCGGAUGAUGAGGACGUCAUAAAGAGGAUCGACCAGUCUGAGUUUGAAGGUUUCGAGUACAUCAACCCGUUACUGCUGUCCACCGAGGAGUCCGUGUGAGGCCGUCUUCUCCGCCGCGGACACGUGUGUGAAUGACCCCUUCUGUCUCUCCGUAAGCACAGCGCAUGCAUGCCAGGCUGGGCGCGGGGCUCCGGGCGCAGCCCCGGGGGGCACUCGCCGCCCCGACCGCGGAUGGGGCGUCCAGCCGGCGCUUCUCGGAGCGGAACAGUCUUGCGUCUGGGCCCGCGCGGCCGGCUUCGUGCUGGAGGAAUUUGCUUCUUGUGCCUGUGCCGCGGAGGCCCCGCGGUGACCGUGUCCGAGGGAGAAACUGCCCCAUGAUUUCGAAGGUGCACACUUUCCACAGAAACAGAACUGACCUGCUCCGCCAGGAGUUAGCCUGUAACGUCCUGAGGAAUAAAAUGUGCCCAUGAUGUCGAAA